CGCAUGUUUUUGGUUGACAUAAAAAAACUAACAAAAUCAAUAAACAAAACAGUGAAACUGUGAAACUGUGAAACACACAAAAAUAUUCAAGGUGAUGGAGCAUAAGUCCGAAAAGAACCUGAGCCGCGUAGCUGAAUUUUUCUGCCGUAGUACAGUAGAACCUGUGUGUAGGAUACAGUCCACUGCCGACAUCGACAGCUGGCAAAUCUCGAAGGCAUACUUUACACUGAUCACGUACUUGAAUGAUGUGAGCACCGAGAUACAGGGAAUACGGAACACCGACUCCUUUCCGGUCAGUGAGAACAUCCGCCGGUUGACGGCCAUCUUCGACAGUCUGGACGCCAUGAUUCUGAGCAAUCCACCAGCGCCCGUCGUCCAAGGCUCCAAUGCCAGUGCCUCCUUGGAUCCGGGUAACAAAAGCUACAGGCGCUGGGCCAACAGCAUGCUGAGGGAUAUUUUCCAGAUGGUUGAGAAGGCAGUGCCGGUCAGAAAAUGCAGGCAUGUGAAUGAACUGGGGGUAUAUUUGUCGGGUGCCUUCGGGAGCUCCACUAAAAUCGAGUAUGGAACUGGGCACGAGCUGAGCUUCAUGUUUUUCCUGUGCGCCCUAUUCAAGGCGGAGAUCCUAAGCCGGGAGGAAGACUUGGCCGCCUCGGCUCUGGUCCUUUUCGAGCGCUAUCUAAAGUUCGUGCGCCGGCUUCAGGUCACUUAUUCGGUGAUCUCAUCGAAUUGGCAUGGCGGUUAUUCCUUGGAUAAAUUUCAGUUUGUGCCGUUUAUUUGGGGAUUCGCUCAGCUGUGUUACGAGGCGCCCUUCUCCCCGCAGAAAAUGCUGGACGCGGACACCAUUGAGCAGUACAAAAGGGAAUACAUGCUGAUCGAUUGUGUGGGACAUAUGGCGAACACCUACAUCGGCACCUUUGCCCGGCACUCCAGCCAGCUUUGGAGCCUGGCCGCCUUGUCGUCGUGGACGAAGAUCCACCGCGGUCUGAUGUUCAUGUAUAUGGAGGAGAUCCUUUUGGACUUUGAUAACCUCAAUGGCUUGAGAUUCGGUGAACUGAUGCCUUUCGAGGAAGACAAAUCUGGGCGGCAUCUGGGUCACGCUCGCCUGGGAGUGAAGUCAUCGCUGCGCCGCCAAAUGGAUGAGGACCAGGAGAAUCAGGAUCAGGAUCAAGAGCUGGCUUCCAGGAGCGUCACUCCAUCGAUUUCCAGGUCUGAUCUGAACGAGGGUAAUAUAGAGAAGCCCAGGAUGGAGGAUGAGUUCAGCGACGUCAUGUCCAACAGUGGACUCUCCAUGGGCAGUGACUCCACAUCUCUUAGCGGUGUGAGUGUCCAUCUGCCCACUUGGAUGGACGAUGGCCCAAGCAUUAACAAGCACACGUUUAAAAAUUAAGAUUUGUGAACUAUCCAUAAAAUUAUGAAUUCGAAACGAAAAAAUUUA